AGUAAGGAAAAUUGUGUGAGGGAGAGGUUAGAAGCUUGCAGGGAAUUGCGGAUGCUCUGGUGUGAUGUAAUGCAGAGCCCCAUGCCGCGCAGAUGACAAACACUGCACCAUCGGGGCCACAUGUUUACUACAAUAGUUGGCCACACUGUUAAUCUGGCUGGUCUAGCAAGUAGAGAAAAUCGGCUGUGAAAUACGGGGAUAGCUCAAGUCUCUUGAUGUAACAGAGAAUGCUUUACUUCUGCCCCACUUGUGCCAACCUCCUGAUUGUGGAGGAGAGCUCACAGGGCAUGCGGUUUUCUUGUGUUACCUGCCCCUAUGUCUUCCCCAUCAAGAGGUGUGUCUCCUACAAGAUCUAUCCCAAAUUGAAGGCUCUAGAUGAUGUUCUUGGAGGUGCUGCUGCCUGGAAGAAUGUAGACUCCACCGAUGAGCCGUGUCCCAAGUGUUCCCACCCAAGAGCUUACUUCAUGCAGGUACAGACAAGAUCUGCUGAUGAACCAAUGACCCUCUUUUAUAAGUGUUGUGCUCCAACAUGUGGUCAUCGGUGGAAGGAAUAA